AUGGUGGGAGGCGCCCAAAGACGAAUGCCUUAUAGCGUGCGCGAAGCCAUCAUGCACGUGCCAGCCUUCAUCCUGGCACAGAUGGCCCGCUACUUCGCCCAGGAGGCGUUCGCUGCAUACGGGAAGUUGCCUGAAUGGUUCCACCUGCAGGCAGUCGUGGAGGACUGGUGGAAGGGCUACAGGCAGCUGUUCCCGUGCAGGAAACAUGUGGGCCUCGUGGUGGUAGCCGUGCUGCACCCCGUAGAGCGGCGCUGGCUAAACGUAGUUCUGCGGGGGCUCCCCUUCGGGCUUGGCGCGGCGGUGAACCAGUUUAACCGCGCGCCAGCAGUCUUGACGGCGGCAGCCCGCCGGAUUCUGUUCAUUAUGUGUGCGCAUUAUGUCGACGAUAACGGCAUUCUGGAGCUCACUGGCCUGCACGGCGACGGGCCAGCAGCGUUCCAGCGCCUGUGCAGGCUGGCGGGGGCCCACUUACCCGCUAAGAAACGCAAGCCGGAGACGGCAAUGCCUGUCCUCCUUCGCGCGUUGACGGAUUUGGCCUCGAUUAUCAACGACUGUGCAGUCGCAUAUGGCCCGAAGCCAGGGGCGCGAGAAGCGUUCGAAAAGGAAAUGGCGUUAGUGUGGGAAAGAGGCGAGCUGACUUCUGGACAGGCUUCGCAUUUACGCGUUGUGCUCAGCUGGCUGGAUUCGAGCUGCAUAGGCAGGCUGUGCAGGGCCGCCCUGAGCGCCCUCGUAGCGCGGCAGUACUACGAUGGCACAACAGCCAUACCAGAACGGUCAAACCUCCACGCUUCUCGUCGGUACCUCCAGGCGGCGGUUCGUUAUGCGCCAGCCACGCCGCUUCCACUGCUGGCGCCGCCGCGGCGGCCGAUAUAA